CGCGGCGCUCGUUCCGGGGGGCGGGCGCGGGGAAGCCGGAGUGGUCGUCCCCGCGGGCUGAGGCCGCGGCCGGCUGCGCGGAGGGCUGAGGCGCGGGCGAGCGGCCGGGCCGAGGGGCGGUGACUGGGCCGCGGCGGAAGGGGCGGCCGGGAGCGGCUCGGGCCCCUCCCGGCCCGGGGUGGCCGCCUGGGCCGCGGGAGCGGGGCGGGCCGCGGCGCGGGGUCCGGCCGUGCCCUCCGGCGCGCCCGCCAUGUGCGGCGCCUUCGGGGGGCUCCGCCUUCGCUGAGGGGACUUUGUGCUGCGGCGCCCGGCGCUCCCGGAAGCACGUCGUGGGCGCGGACGCCCGGCCGGAGCCUCGCGGCGUCUCGCAUCGACUGCCCGCCCGCCCGCCCGCCGAGGACUGGCAUGGGCAGCGGGAGGAGGCGAGGAAGGUGCCCAUGGCGUCGGAGCGGCGCAAGGUCAAGCACCCCUGGAGCGGCCCCUUGGAAGGGGGCCCUAGCAAGCGCAGCUGCGUCCGGGAGCCCGGGCAUGUGGCCCCCCCCGGCCGGCCGGCCCCGAGCCCUGAGCCGCCGUCGCGAGGGGCCCGCAGCCCCCAGCGCCUGAAAGCCCCGCGGGAGGACGAUGUGGCCCGCGCGCCGAGGUUACCCCGGGGCUCCGCGCGCCGCAGGCGCUCCUCCUCCUCCUCUUCCUCCUCUUCUUCCUCCUCCUCCUCCCGCUCCUCCAAAGGCUGCCUGACUCGCAGCUCGCGGGGCUUCGUCUCCUCGAGGGGGUCUCUGCGCCCUGCCAACCCCUCCCUGGAGGAAAUGGCGUCCCUGGAAGAGGAGGCUUGCAGCCUCAAGGAUGAUUCCAAAGCCAGUUCUCGAGACUCCACGAACUCUGAGCUUGCAGCUGAGGCUGAGGGCCAGAAUGAAGCGACUGAGGAGCCACACAGGGUUCAGAGGAGGCGGCGGGAGAGGCUUCGCGACCAGGGCUCCACUGUGAUCUAUCUGAAGGCUCUCCAGGGCAUCCUGGGGAGAUCGAUGCCGAAGCGGAGGGGAGAGGCUGCUCCUCGGGCAAAGUCAAGCCCAGGGGAGCGUCCCAGCCAGGGAGAAGGACUGGCCAGGAGCGCCGCGGUCCCCACCCCUCAGAAGGAGGCAGAGUCCGCUGCGGAGCAGGAGGAGCUGGUGCAGGAGGGGAGCAGCUUCUGUGGCCGCAGAGUGGUCAUCGACCCUGCAGGGUCACCCGGCAGGGAGCCGCUUGGUGACCGAAGGGCGGCCAUGGACGAGCCUCCUGGGCCCCUGGAGUUCUGGGAUGACUCUGACUCCCACGUUGACAUCCACAAGCGCAAAGGUAGGGAGGUGGUGAUGGAGCACCCCUCUUCAGGAAGCGACUGGUCAGAUGUGGAUGAGAUCCCCACGGUCAGAUUCUCUCAGGAGGAGCCUGUGGCACUGAAGGACUCAGCGGCUCCGGAGCCGUCUUCCUACGCCACCGACUAUGUCAUGUACCCAGCUCAUUUGUACAGUAGCCCUUGGUGUGACUACGCCCGCUACUGGACCAGCAGCCCCAAGCCUCCUGGCUGUUCUGCCGCGGGCAGCAGCAGCAGCAGCAGUGACCCGGCCCAGUCUGGGAGGAGCGGCCAGAGCCACCUGAGCGACUGUUCGCCCAGCUCUCCGGUCCGCUCCCGCACCACCGCCAGGGCCCCAGACGCCACGGAGGAAGGCCGGUCCCAGAAUUCCCGCGCGUUCCGGUUCUCCAGGAACUCACACAGGGAAGUGAAGGAGAAGAGAACGUUCCGAGAGGAGACGCCGCCUCCGCGCCCUGGCCGAGGGUGCGCGUCUGGCUCUGUGCCCAGGAGCUGCCGGGAGGCCAGCACGGAGGAGGGCUUCAUCGACACCCACUGUCACUUGGACAUGCUCUACUCCAAGCUGUCCUUCAGGGGGACCUUCACCAAGUUCAGAAAGAUGUACAGCAGCUCCUUCCCCAAGGAGUUCCGGGGCUGCAUCUCUGACUUCUGUGACCCGCGGACGCUGACAGACCGCCUGUGGGAGGAGCUGCUGAAGGAGGACCUGGUCUGGGGGGCCUUCGGCUGCCAUCCUCAUUUUGCACGCUACUACAGUGAGAGUCAGGAGAGGAACCUCCUGCAUGCCCUGCGGCACCCCAAGGCCGUGGCCUUUGGGGAGAUGGGCUUGGACUACUCCUACAAGUGCACGACGCCUGUCCCGGAGCAGCACAAGGUGUUUGAGAGGCAGCUACAGCUGGCCGUGGCCCUGAGGAAGCCCUUGGUGAUCCACUGCCGUGAAGCUGAUGAGGACCUGCUGGAUGUCAUGAAGAGAUUCGUGCCCUCCGACUACAGGAUUCAUAGGCACUGCUUCACUGGCAGCUAUCCGGUCAUUGAGCCCCUCUUGAAGCACUUUCCCAACAUGUCCGUGGGCUUCACGGCCGUCCUGACCUACUCCUCCGCCUGGGAGGCCCGGGAAGCUCUGAGACAGAUCCCGCUGGACAGAAUCAUCGUGGAAACCGAUGCCCCCUACUUCCUUCCACGCCAGGUCCCCAAAAGCCUUUGCCAGUAUGCCCACCCGGGCCUGGCCCUGCACACGGUGCGUGAGAUUGCCAGGGUCAAAGAGGAGUCGCUGUCGCACACCUUGGCUGCCUUGCGGGAGAACACCACUCGCCUGUACAACCUCUGACGGAGAGGGUGGCACGCGGAGUCUGCACGACGAGGUCAUAAAGUCCACGUUAACGUUGCUUACAAAUCAGGAUGAGCGAGUGCUUGGCUGCCGUUUGUUGGUGGAGAGUGAAAGGUGAACCUGGGGUGAGCCUGGAGCCCGUUUGUCUGGAGUGAACUUGCUUUUCUCUUCAAACCCUCCAGGGAGACAGCGGCCUGACCAGCAGGCUGAGUGUGAGCUCUGUUUGUCCCAGCUCCAGAUGUUUGCAGAGCUGCCGGAACCAAGAAAGCCAGAACAAAUGUUUUCCUCGGACCCUCGUCAUAAGGCUUCUGCGUGGGGCCGGUGCACUGGGACUUGCUUCCUGUCCAGAAGGCUCCAGGACAGCUGGGGAAGGAGCACCUGUGUGCCUGGUACUCAGCAGAACUCAGUUUGGAGCAUGAGCUCCCACGUGGGAACCGCCUGGGGCGCUCCCUGGAGACUGAGCGGUUGGUCUUGCAACCAGGAAGUCACCUGCUCCCCUCUGGAUCAAGUCAUCUUGGCGUCCAGUGUCCGCACAGCCAGGAGGACUUGGGCUGCCGGCAGCACGCAGUGUGCUGGGGGCGCCUGUUGUCCCUGCGAAGUCCUGGCAGGUGGAGAUCCGGGACAGACUGCAGCCCUCGAGGAAGGGGUCUUGUUGGGAAUGAGGACCCUAAAGGAGGUGCCCUGCUCACACGCCCUUGCUGGUGUUGGGUCCCAGCCUGCUUUGUUGCGUUUUUGCCUCCCUGUCCUGGACUAGAAAGAAUCCGUUUUGCUCUCAUGUUACAGUCUCUUGUAUUCUGCCCCUCCGGGGGCGUAGAUCAGCGUAGGUGUCUGGAGCUCCGGGCAGUAGCGCCUGCUGUGUGUCCUGUGUCAUUCUGGUUCCCGUGGUAUCUGACUUGGGGGCACACGUGUCAUCUCCAGCCAGGGCUCUGCUCUGCCCCCUGCCCGUGCCUUGUGAAGGAUUGCUCACUGCAGGCCCGGGGUCCUGAAGGUUCAGGGUGCAGUGUGAGGACACUGCCCUGGGUCCAAAGGAUCCCUCCCCACAGGCUCCCCCAGUGAGACAGUUGAGCCACCCAGAGUCUCUUCCCUAUUUCUUCAUGGCUUAAAUGACCUUCAUGACCUCAGGGGGAGCCCCUAGGUGUUUUGGAAGGCACGUUUGAGCCUUGUAAGCUAUAUGCAGUCAGUUUAGUUUUUUGUAUCUUCCCUAGUACAUGGUACCUGGCCUGGGAAGUAGCCUCAGUCCACUUCCCGUCUCCCGUGGGCCAGCUGUGCUGUGAGGUUGUCUGUGCCUCAGAUGUGCCAGGGUGGGGAAGCGGGGGACCCGAUCUCCUGCUGGGAAGAGUUGGGGGGUUGCUGAGCCUGUCACCGCUGCCAGCCGUCUCUGCACCAUGUCCUGACCGAGCGGCCGUCUCCGAGCCUCUGCCCUCCCCUUGCCAAGGAGAAGCACAGGUGCUAUCUGCUUCUCUCCCUGGGGUUCCGCGGUGAAACCUCGUGGUGUGGCGUGAGUGUGGGCUGGCACUGGCGUGGGCUGUGUGGGGAUAGCUGGUGUGACUGCCUCUGUGUGCUGCUGGACGCCGCUCCCGUUGGAAAUAAAGUGAUGGAUCCCGA